GUCUUGCAUUAUUUGUCGAUACAGUGAAACACAUGGAAUAAAUUAAUGUUUAUUAUGUUUCCUCAAUUAAUAACGCUUGCGGAACACAUUUAAACUGUGGAAAUAGUGUUUGGUUUAUCAUCUUUGUACGCCACACAUACUGCGUUUUUCGUGCGCAGCGUUGUUUACUUCGGGAUACUUAGUGAGGAAGAGCAUAUGAAAACUUAAAACUCUAAAAAGAAACAACCAAUGAAUUCCUGUUUAAUGUUUCACAACGAGUGAGCAAGUAGAUUAAGGACAAGCAGGAUCAUUUUAUUAUACCAGUAAGCAGCAAAAUGGACAUGAACAAUAAACCCACGUUUGAUCCUAAAGAGCACCAGCAUUUAAGGUACAAUCCUCUGCGGGAUUCAUGGGUUUUGGUCUCGGCCCAUCGGAUGAAGCGUCCAUGGAAAGGACAGGUGGAGAAACCGCCAGAGGAUGACAUCCCACGGCAUGACCCAAACAACCCUCUGUGUCCUGGCAGUGUGAGAGCUAAUGGAGAGCUGAAUCCGGAGUAUGACAGCACAUUCAUGUUUGACAAUGAUUUUCCAGCUCUUCAGCCUGAUGCUCCAGACCCCGGUUCGGAUCAUCACCCUCUUUUCUUGAGCAAAGCAGCCAGAGGCGUUUGUAAGGUCAUGUGUUUCCACCCCUGGUCUGACAUCACCCUCCCCCUGAUGCAGCCUGCAGAGAUCCGCAAAGUGAUUGACAAGUGGGCAGAUCUGACCGUAGAGCUCGGUGCUGCAUACGCAUGGGUUCAGAUCUUUGAGAAUAAAGGAGCCAUGAUGGGCUGUUCAAACCCUCAUCCUCAUUGUCAGGUUUGGGCCAGUAAUUUUCUUCCGAACGAGGCGUCGUUGGCAGAGCGCUGUCAGAGAGACUUUCUGCAGAAGCACGGAGAGCCAAUGCUGGUGCAGUACGCUCGGAUGGAGGCACAAGCACAGGAGAGACUAGUGCUCGCUGUUUCAAAUUGGGAAAUUGUUGCGAAUUACUAUGUGCUUUAUUCACACCAGACAGUGCUAUUACCCGAAAGCAACAUCUUGACAAUAAAUUCAAUUAAAGUUGAUUUCUCCACAGGUCUGGCAUCCAUAAUGAAAAGACUCCUGACGAAAUAUGACAACCUCUUUGAGGUCUCCUUCCCCUAUUCAAUGGGAUGGCACGGAGCACCAACAGGAGGUCAUCUGAAUGAAGACAUGAGCCACUGGCAGCUUCAUGCUCACUAUUAUCCUCCUCUACUGCGAUCCGCAACCAUCCGCAAGUUUAUGGUUGGGUAUGAGAUGCUGGCUAAUGAACAGAGGGAUCUUACACCUGAACAGGCUGCAGAACAGUUAAGGAAGCUCAGCGAGGAACAUUAUAAGGUGAAGAAAGCAGAAGGUAAAAGCGGAGUGGAGAACUAAAAGACUGUGACCUGUCCACCACCUUCUGUGUCCAAUGGCCAGAUAAUGAGAACAUAAAACUGCAAGAAACAGAUGGAGCCAUUAGACGACUCAUCUGUUUUAGUGCAAAGAGUUGAAGAUUUCAACUAACUACUUUUUUCUUGUUUUCACAUUCAGGUUUAAAGUUAAAAUUGGCUCCCAAGUUUUCUGGUUAGGGCCCCCAAGGCCAAAGCAUAUAAGCUGGUAAUUGCUCUGUUGAAAGCCAAUGUGAUUUUUCAGAAAGAAGUUUGAAAUGACAAGUUGUAAAAUUUACAAUGUGCUGUUUCUAUAGAUAUAAUGACCUCUGUUUGUCCUCUAUGGGAAUUUUGGAAUUUAAAAUUAUGUUAAUACUUUCAAGGAAUAAAGCACAGACACUGA